CGCUCUAAAUAAUUCAAGCCCCCCAUUCCCUUCUCCUCCAGCGCUGACAAGAUGCCGGCCGUACAUCACAAACUGCUCCUGGAGGACGCGUUGCAGGACAGUCCUCAGACUCGCUCCUUGCUCAGUGUGUUUGAGGAAGAUGCGGGGAUGCUUACAGACUAUACCAACCAGCUGCUACAAUCGAUGCAGCGGGUGUUUGGAGCUCAGAGUGAGAUGGGAUUGGCCACAGAGCAGCUCUCACAGCAGCUCCUGGAAUAUGAGAAGAAAAAUUUUGCCCUUGGAAAAGGUGAUGAAGAGGUAAUUACCACGCUGCAGAACUUCGCCAAAACUGUAGGGGAGCUGAACUCGCUGCACUCUGAGCUAGCCAACCAGAUGGCUGACAGCAUGGUCUUCCCCUUGAUCCAAUUCCGAGAGAAGGACCUCACUGAGAUAAGCACACUGAAGGAAAUAUUUGGCAUUGCCACAGAUGGUAAGUGCAUACAGUACUUUUACCAAUUUCAGAAAACACUUACAGCCUGUAGUUGCUGUCUGAUCCUCAUCAACUUCCUCUCCUCUCCCGCAGAGCAUGAGGCAGCUAUGGUCAAGUACAGCCGAUUGCCCAAGAAGAAGGAGAAUGAGAAGCUGAAGGCCGACUUGGUGAAGGAGGUGGCUUACACCAGAAGGAAGCAGCAUCAGGCCUCACUGCAGUAUUAUUGCGCCCUCAAUGCCCUGCAGUAUCGCAAGAGAGUAGCUAUGCUCGAACCCAUGUUGGGCUACAAACAGGCACAGAUCAGCUUCUUCAAGAAAGGCAUUGAGCUGGUGUCAAAGAAGAUGGACAGCUUUCUCUCCUCUGUGUCCAACAUGACACAAAGUAUCCAGGCCCAGCUGGACGCGGAGGCGGAGGCCAUGCGCAUGUCCCAGAGGGAGCUUCUGUCUGUGGAGGACACUGUCUAUAUGCCAGAUAAGGACACCGAGCCUGUCAAUCGCACGCUUAUCCAGAAGGCUGGCUACCUCAACAUUAGGAAUAAAACAGGCCUGGUGACCACAGCCUGGGACCGGCUGUACUUCUUCACCCAGGGAGGGAACCUCAUGUGCCAGCCACGUGGGGCGGUGGCAGGGGGCAUGGUGCUGGACCUGGACAACAGCUCCGUCAUGGCUGUGGAGUGUGAAGACAGACGCUACUGUUUUCAGAUAACCUCCCCCUCUGGCAAAACGUCUAUGAUUCUGCAAGCUGAGAGCAAAAAGGAGUACGAAGAAUGGAUUUGCACCGUGAACAACAUCUCCAGACAGAUCUACCUGACUGACAACCCAGAGGCUGUGGCCAUUCGACUGAACCAAACCGCCAUCCAGGCAGUCACCCCCAUCACCAGCUUUGAGAAGAGACAGGAGGGCUCUCCCAACCCUGACAGAGCGAAGCCAGGAGGUAUACAUGCUUCCAGCAGUGGUUCCCAGAAGACAGGUGUUGCUCCUGAACCGGAGGACCUGAUAGCCCCUGGGACGCCCAUUCAGUUUGACAUCAUGCUGCCGGCCUCUGAGUUCCAAGACCAGAACAGAGCUGGAGGGAGACGCACAAAUCCAUUUGGAGAGACGGACGAUGACUGUUCAACAGAAAGUGACGACUCCCUCCUGCAGCAGGUAUUCGCUGUGCGCUUCCUGGGCUCCAUGGCAGUUCGCUGUGGCGACAAUCAGGAGGUGAUCUAUGAGGCCAUGAGGCAGGUGCUGGCGGCCCGAGCCAUCCACAACAUCUUCAGGACCACCGAGUCCCACCUCAUGGUCACCAGCAGUAACCUUAGGUUGAUUGACCCUCAGACUCAAGUUACAAGAAUAAGCUUCCAGCUUGGAGAGGUGUGUCAGUUUGCAGCCCACCAAGAGAACGGCAGGCUGAUGGGCUUUGUGGUCGAGGGCAGAGACUGGAGUGACGGGGAUGAGGAGGGAGAGCCCUCGUUUAGCGCCUUCGUCUUCGAGAGCAACACAGAGGGCGAAAAGAUAUGUUACACCAUAAGCUUGGCAAAGGACAUUACAGAAGCCAAGAAGGACCCUGAGGCCCUGGCCCAGCUGAUGAAGAACAUGCCGCUUACCAACGAUGGCAAGUUCCUGCUGCUGGAGCCCGAGACGGGCGACAUGACCAAUGGAGCAGGACAAGAGGACCUGGAGUCCGAGGCCUAGUAACAGUCAGGAGACCACCCCCUGACCCCACCCCUAAAAAAAACAAACAAAAAAAAAAAAAAGACCAGGGCCACACUCCAACUUCUACCCAGGGGAGAAGGCUUUCCCUGGAUGAAGGUUUCAUUCAUCAUGACGACCCCAAAGCCCUAACUCUGGUACUGUAACACCCACAUUAGAGAGCGUAGUUCAUUUCCACUGACCCUCUGGUUUUUUUUUCUUUGCUGUGAUAAAAGACGACGACAUCGGCGGGGUGGGUUACCCGGCCCUGAAAGCAGAUCUCACGGGCGCUCCACGAGAUCUGCUUUUCCACGGUCAAACUGUAGUAUGGGUUUGGAGUUUUGUCUUUGUUUUUACACCACUGUGGGUGGAACUCACAUCAAAAGGGACACUGUAGAGGUAUUGAUUUUGUUUCAUUGUCUUCUAAUAUCCCCAGCCCUCUAACAGAAGGUGGUGAAUCAUUUGCUUCGGUUUAGGUUUACAUAUAUUUUAGGUUUACAUCAUUUGAAGUCUUUUUGGAGAGCAUAUUCCUAUACUCUGUUUCACACGUUAACUCCCACAUAAGGCUCUCACGCAACUACUACUUAUUAGUCAUGUACAAAAACAUUAUUGCCUUUCCAAGGUUUAUAUCUGUUGACACUUCUUGGCAACAGAAUGCACUAAUUUAGAGCGCUGGAGCAUCUAAGACAAUGAAGGACUUAAAAAAUAGGUAAAAAUCAUAUGUCAGUUCCUUUUAUCUUGAGAGCAGCGACUGUUGCAUUGCUUGCGUGAGCGUAUGUGUCCCGAAACAGUAGGCAUGACUGAACGUUUUUCUUUCUGCACCAUGAGCUUACUAUCUCGAGAUUUCCCUCUAAAAACUGAAUGAAUGUCAGGUUUGACAAAAUUCUCCACCACCUGUACGACACGUCCUCCUUAAACAGCGUAAAUAUGAUCUGUCUGAGUGUUUAUAUGAUGUUUAAUCAGAGUCGGCUGCAUUAAAAGCUUUCAGAGUCAAUAUAGUAGGACUGAUGCGGUGCAUGAUUAACUUUUGGUGUUGUCUCUUUCCCUUCACAGAAGAUUAAAACCUCUACAAUGAGCACCGAGCUGUAAUACUAAAAAAAAAAAAAAAAAAAUCCACU